CGUGAUUUUUAGAUGAUUCUUCGUUCGUCGUUUCGUACAGUACAAGUACACGUAGCGAUUGUACUGUAUUCGUGAUCGACCGUGAUGCCGAAGAAAGAAAUCAAUCUAUCUCACUCAAUCAUGCAUCAAGUUUGAACGACGGAACCAAAGAACAGGAAAACGACCAACGAACAUGACAAAAUUACAGGUAGCGUUUCUUUUGGCAGGUGCGAUGGCAUUUCCCUGCURUGCGUUCCAGAGUGGUGGUACCCUUCGUAAUCAACACCUCCUUGGUGAUUGCGCCAACGCAGCGGGGAGGGCCAGUGCUGUUGCUUGCUCGGCAUCCAGGCGGGACGUGUUUUCGCAGMUUUUUGUUCCGGCUACCCUGGCAUCAGUGGCGCUGCUAGCUCCCGCUGAACAACCCGCUUUCGCUGCCAAUGACGAGGACCUCACCGCAAAAAUGUUCAACGCCGAUGGGUCUCUGAAGGAAGGCGUGGAGUCCGAGGUAAAAUUCAGGGACGUGAGUUUYAAGUGGGACCAAUCGGAUGCMUUCGCAAUGAAUGAGGACGGUACUAACGUACAAGAAACCAAAUCUGGAUCCCAGUAUGAACUAUCCUAYCAGUAUCCGAUGCGCUGGUCGGACGGCAAGGACGGGGAUCCGAUUUACUUUGACAGGUCCGAGGGAAUCAAUCGAAAAGCAGCCAAGCGCAUCACCGUCUUUCAGGCUCCAGGAUCGGUGACGCCAGAUCGGCUCGAGAAAGCUACUACUAUCGGGGUGGCAAAGGCRAUCGAUGCCCCRCAGGAACUCUCUCGACUUUACAAAGCCGACGUCGUUUCCGGAAGAACCGUAGAAAAAGGAAACCAGAAAUAUUUCGAAUUCGACAUGGCGUCUGCUCCAGAUACGUGCGGAGAUAGCAAGGAAAAUCUUGGUCUAGGAUUCUGCCCUUAUGGUAAGUUAAAUUUCAUGUCCUAUCGUGUUGGCCAGUAGCUGCUUUGGUAAUGACGUGACAGUGCGAUGGUCAUCUGUUUGUAUCGAUUCUUGAAGACCCGUGUCGUGACAGCACGUACGGUAAUCUAGUYRGACGUCCAUUUCGUUCUCCCAUCGUCGCGUCUUCGAUACUCAAACUAACGCUGCUUUCAUUUUUUCCAGAUGAUUUGUUCCUCCUCUCCGCAACUGUCGUGAACGACCGUUUGUAUUGCAUGGUGGUAGAAUGCGACAGCACGAAAGUUUGGAAACAAGAAUCGAAGGAAUUGAAACGAGCGAGAUCAACGUUUGUGGUCGAUGAAGCGACGGCGUAAAAAGUAGAAACGAAAGAACCAUUAUCAAUCAACGUUUCAGUUUGCGACUAACUGCAUUCAAUUGGGGAAACCCGUUUGAUGUCACUCGAUUUUGUUUGUCCUGGGUUCUGUCUCCCACCGAGUAAUUCUUUCUUCACCGUUUUUAUCCAAAAAGUUAGGCAUCUGAUAUUUGCUAUGAAACGCUCUAACUUGGCACGAAGUAAUACAUAAAACAUAUUUGGGUGAUAGUAAUAAUAGUGGAUAGAUUAUGUUUUCGUUCCCUACAUAAAAAUCUUUGCUUCUACCAAAAUAGCAGGCGCCGACCAAUGUACCGUUAGAUUAUUCGCUCGCCAUGAUUGAUUGAAAUGAAAAGAAUUCGAGUGCUUCUUUUUUGGUUUUUUAGUUCGAUGAGGUACAAAUAGCAGACACCGGCAAACAAUAUAGUCUGCCGAGUGUUUUGCCCGCGAUUGCGUUUGUUGUUUGAUUGGUUUCUUGUUUUUCAAGUUUUUCUUGUUUUGUUGUUGAUCUUUUUCUUUCAAAUAAAUUGACAUUCCAUCUUGUGCUGACUCGAUCGCCAGUCAUACACUUGGCAUAACUUGCUGCAGUACUUGGCUCUACAGCACCGGCUGCACAUUUUCAUUCUCGCGACGCGAUCCACUUCUACGCCGUUUUCGUUCCAGGCCAAAGCCUGGGUAACCUUAGGAGAAGGCGACAAACCCACACGACGAUCUUUUGAGAGGUAGACCGCCACCGAGUCGAAAGCGUGGUAAUGUGGCCUUCGAUGCAAUCGACCGAAGCCAAGGCUGUUGCUAUUGUUCGUACCAAGAAGUCUUUGGAUUCCCCCUCCACGAUGAGGGGAAAGUGUUCCUUCUUCGUUAUUGUUUGAAGGAGACAAUGUGUCCAGCAUGUUCUCGUCCACGUCGUACGUGGGCUGGACUUGAGCUGCUGCUGAUCUGCGCAUUCGCAGGUUUACUUUUGAGUUAUUCRCACAACCGCUGUUGCUUGACGCUUUGUAAGCCCAUUUUCCGCAGAGCGGAUUCCAGCAGUGACUGGUAUUCAUUCCUCUGAGCUCAGCUGAGUUGACAUAGUCACGCAGGAGCAGACGGUUCAAGCCGACCGGAUCCAAAUGUCUGCGGAGUUCGUCCGCAUUAGGUUCUCCGAAACGUUCCUUCAUCUCCCGAGCUGGAAGGAUUUCUUGUAAUGCUGGAAAGUAUUUUUUUGCUGCUGCAAUUUCCAUAAACUUUGCAGCCUCGUCGGCAAGCGCAUCACGAAGUAUGAUUCCCAAAGUGUAAGAAGAACGGACAAAGCCUCGGGUCGAGGCUAUUUUCAACAUGAGAAUGCCGUUCUUCAAAUCCUGAUAACAAUAACAUUUUACAAUGCCC